AUGCCACCUGCCAGUGCCCAUCAGUGCCACAUCAAUGCCACAUAUCAGUGCCCAUCUGAGCUGCCUUUCAGUGUCACCGAUCAGUGCUAGUCAGUGCCACAUCAAUGCCACAUAUCAGUGCCUACCAGUGCACAUCAAUGCCACAUAUCAGUGCCCAUCUGAGCUGCCUUUCAGUGUCACCGAUCAGUGCUAGUCAGUGCCACCUAUCAAUGCCAAUCAGUGCCACCUAUCAGUGCUACCAAUCAGUGCCACCCUAUCAGUGCCAGUCAGUGCUGCCUAUCAGUGCCAGUCAGUGCCACCUAUCAGUGUGCAUCAGUGCCGCCUAACAGUGCCUGUCAGUGCCGCCUAUCUGUGCCAGUCAGCGCCGCCUAUCAGUGCCACCUAUCAGUGCCAUAUAUCAGUGCUGCCUUUCAGUG